GCUAGAGAAUGAGCAGAACGAGAGGACGCUGAGAAGAAGAAGCGUGAAAAAGAAGACGAGGAGCGAUGUCAGCGUGAGAAACAGGAGCGUGAAGAACAGCAAUCGAAGAUGCACAAGGAGAUGGGUGAAAAGUUGGAUAAGGUGGUGGAGGCAAUUGACGGGAAGAAGACUAACGAGGGAAAUGAAGUAGCUAUUCUUAAAGCCGAAGUCGAAAGACUAAGUUGGUUAAAUGCAGGUGCCAGCACCUCCGCUACUAUGGCACAACCGAGUAACGAGCACAAAGAGUUGGUUCGGCGGCUUCGCCGCGAACAAGCUGAAAUGAAGGCUGCUGCCGACAAACAUUUCUCAUUGCUGGAAGGUGUUAUCCUUGCACUUCAGAGACAGUGCGAGGACGCUGAGAACAACGCUGAAGUAUGGCGGAACGAGGCCCUGCGUCCAGGGAAUAUACGCGGUUGCGUGGCUGUUGGGAGCACUCCAAUUACUGAAGCAAGGGUUCGGCCUCGUACUACUCCCUCGGCAGUUCCUAGUGUGGCACGGCAAGUGGAUGCACAGUUGAAGGGUGUCGUCGAAAGGCAUCAGGCGGAGGUUGAGUUACUCAAAGAAAUGCGACUCAAGGAGGUGAAUGCUCGGAGAGAAUCGGAGAAAGAGAUUGAGAAGUUAAAAGAAGAGAUGGCGAGACUUCAGACUGUGAAGAAAUCGAAGGCCCGUGGGACUAAUCUGAAGUCCAGAUUGGACGAUGCGGCAUGUGUUUCCGCUAGGAAAGGCAAGGAGAAGGUGCUGGACAGUCCAGCUAAGGAAGCGGUCGACAGGGAAGCUUUCAUUCGUAACGAACGGAAACAGCUACGUGCACUGAAUAAAGAAGCAGUGGUGGCCAUCUGCGAAAGAGAAGGUAUCACUUACACUACUCCCGAUCCCACAAAGGAAGACAUUGCGCGGAAGAGGGCGUCCGUUGUUUUCGACGGAGAAGGCGAAGAUAAGGGUGUUUCUGUGGUUGAAGUAACGGAAGAUGGUGAUGGGAACUCUGAAACCGGUGUCGGGCGUGAUUCAGCUACUUCUUAGAAUUACGCCCGAACGCGGCUUCUUCAUGGCAAUCUGUGCGUAUCUGUUGUCAACUUCGAUCUCUUUCAUUAAGUUUCCUUCGUUGUCGCGAAAUCAACUUACUUCUCAGCCUUGCUCUAUGUGGUCUGAUUCUGUUGGGUUGUAUUCCAUGGGGUGAUAAGUUGUCUAGUUUUCUGGUGCACGGACGUUCUUUUAGAAGGGAGGAUGCUAAUGAAUGGACUUGACCGAU